AUGGAGAUCACCAUGGGGGCCAAUGAUGAGAAUGGCACCAACACUUCCACCAGCUUCCUUUCUGUGCUUGACCCCCACGGAUUCCCAGCUACUUCCUUCCCAUUCAACUUCAGCUAUGGUGACUAUGAUACGCCCUUGGGUGAAGAUGAGGAUGUGACCAAUUCCCGGACUUUCUUUGCUGCCAAGAUCAUCAUUGGCAUGGCCCUGGUGGGCAUCAUGCUGGUCUGUGGCAUUGGCAACUUCAUCUUCAUUGCCGCCCUGGCCCGCUACAAGAAGUUGCGCAACCUCACCAACCUGCUCAUCGCCAACCUGGCCAUCUCCGACUUCCUGGUGGCCAUUGUCUGCUGCCCCUUCGAGAUGGACUACUACGUGGUGCGCCAGCUCUCCUGGGAGCACGGUCACGUGCUGUGCGCCUCCAUCAACUAUCUGCGCACUGUCUCUCUCUAUGUCUCCACCAAUGCCCUGCUGGCCAUCGCCCUUGACAGAUACCUGGCCAUUGUCCACCCGCUGAGGCCACGGAUGAAGUGUCAAACAGCCACUGGCCUGAUCGCCUUGGUCUGGAUGGUGUCCAUCCUCGUUGCCAUCCCUUCAGCCUACUUCACAACCGAAACGGUUCUCAUCAUUGUCAAGAGCCAGGAGAAGAUCUUCUGUGGCCAGAUCUGGCCCGUGGAUCAGCAGAUCUACUACAAGUCCUACUUCCUCUUCAUCUUCGGGAUCGAGUUCGUGGGUCCUGUGGUCACCAUGACCCUGUGCUACGCCCGGAUCUCCAGGGAACUCUGGUUCAAGGCUGUCCCCGGUUUCCAGACGGAACAGAUCCGGAAGCGGCUGCGCUGCCGCCGGAAGACGGUCCUGGUGCUCAUGUGCAUCCUCACCGCCUACGUUCUGUGCUGGGCGCCGUUCUACGGCUUCACCAUUGUGCGCGACUUCUUUCCCGCCGUGUUCGUGAAGGAGAAGCACUACCUCACGGCCUUCUACAUCGUCGAGUGCAUCGCCAUGAGCAACAGCAUGAUCAACACCCUGUGCUUCGUGACGGUCAAGAACAACACCAUUAAGUACUUCAGGAAGGUCAUAUUGCUCCACUGGAAGUCUUCUUACAAUGGGAGUAAGUCAAGUGCCGACCUUGAUCUCAAAACGACUGGAGUGCCUGCCACAGAAGAGGUGGACUGCAUCAGGCUAAAAUAAUCUGAUGGGCCUUUCAGAGUUUAAACAUGAAACAGAAUCUUUGAAUGCGCACCAACCAGCACUCUUGUUGCAGAGUAAAUGGACAGCACUGUGGACACUAUAACUCUGCUCAAGGAGCUUAGACUUUCUAAAACCAGUGUGACUGGAUGUCAUCACCAGUGGCCAACAUUUAUCAGACAUCUAAUUUGUGCAAAGGGUAAGAGCUGGUGAAACCUAUAUAUGUUGACAUAUAUGUAGGAAUUAAACCAAGGAAGAUGUUGG